GGGAUGGGUUAGGGAUAGCAAAGAAGAAAUACAGUCUCGAGAUGAUGAUAGGGAUAGGGAAAGAGAAAGGACUGGAUAUAAGGAUAGGGAUGGAGAUAGGGAUAGGGACAGGGACAGGGAUAGGGAUGGGCAUGGGGACAGGGACAGGAUGCAGUUCCCGGCUCUCUGCUGCGGCCCCCCGCUCGUUCUGCCGCGGGCAGAGGCGCAGCGGCCGGCGCGGGGCGCGGACCUCCCGCGGUCGCUGCGGCAGCUCCGGGCAGAGGAAGGGGAACCGAGCCUGGGAGCCGAGGCGGUGCCGGGGCAGCUCCGAGCGGGACUCCCGGCUCCGCUCCUGGCCUCAGACUCCCCAGGCACGGAGGGACGGAGCCAGCGGAGGAGCCUGCUGUGCCCCCUCAGACGGACACCCUGCUGCUGCUUGGGGCGGGGAUGGAGCGGAGCGGGGCGCAGGCCGGGCUGGGACGCGGCCGGCGCGGAGCCCGCGGGUGCCGGGAGCCGCCGGCUGAAAGCGCCGGGGCGGCUUCCCCCGCAGCUUCUUCCACAGAUUUCUCUGCGCUUCUUUCACAGAUUUCUGGAGCAGAUGGAGAAGCUCAAGACCGGCGGGACCGGCGCCCAAGCGUUUCCCGAGUCUCCGGGCCGGCGUUCAGCAGCCACACCACCAGGCUGCCCUCAUGCCCGCCACGGCACUGGGGUACGGGGCAAUAAACUUUGCCCAGGGCUGCGAGGGCUUCAGCACCCGGGACAGACGCCAAUGGCCCGCACGCUGCCCGCAGCCCGUACUGAGCAGGGAGGUCCAGAAAAAGAAGGCGCUGAGAUAAUGUGUCACGAUCACCGGGAGAAACAAACGUGUUUAGGAUGA